AUGAGAAGGAACAUGCAUCCACUGGAGAUUGAGUUGUUGAAGGAGGCAACGGUCAUCAAGACUUUCAAACAAUUAGAAGAAGAAGAGAGAAUGAAGAAACAAGAAGAGAGGAUGAAGAGAAUCUUCGAUCUCGUCCCCAGAAGAAGAAGAACCCUUGGAAGAAGACGACCCAGAGCCAAACCACAGUCUCGCAAUUUUCCGAAAGACCCAAGAAAAAGAUCACCAGUUCACAAACACAUCACCAAGCCGAAAUGGCUUCUCCGUGUGUUGCAAGACAUGAAGGUAGACACUGAUCCGAUGAUGAUCAUACAGAAGCCUCUCGACUUGAACGAUGUCGAUCCAAGCCUAAACCGUCUCUCAAUCCCUUUCCACACCAUCAACUGCAACAACUUCAUGAACAGCGACGAGACUAAGAUCCUUGGAGACGACGACCUCAACAACGAAGGACAGAUGGGCGUGGCUGCGUUUCUCGUGGAUCAACGAACCGAGCAGUGGCCUGUGGUUUUGAAGAAAGGUCUUUUCAGGACUGUUUCAGGGAGAAAAUUCAUGGGGUUUCUCUUGGGUGGUGAAUGGAGCCAAGUCGUUAAAGCUAACGGAUUGUUGGACAAAGACAACAUCACUCUUUGGUCUUUCAGGCGCAAUGGAAUCCUCUUCUUUGCCCUUGAUUCUGCAGGUGAUUCCAUCGACUUCAAAGAGUAG